UGAUGUGCAAUUUGAAUAUUGUACUUGUGUGAGUGUCCCAGAAAGUCUGCUUUGUUAUGGUCUGUGGCCUGCUACUCCUGUGGAGCCAACGUUGGCUUUUACAGUUCGGUUAAUGGAGCUGACUUUAUCCCUGAUGAUGGAGUGUCAUGUCUCAAUCUAUGACCUGUCAAAAGCACUGAAUUUCUUUGAGACUCCUCUUUUAAAGGCACUGCAUGUAUUGGUUAAUGGUUAUGUGCAAGAAAAGAAAAGUUUAUGAGCAAUUUAUUGAUGCAUUUGAAGAGUUCAGAUUCAAUUUAAAAACAACACCAUUUUAUGACUGUGGAAGCGAGUCUGGUACAGCUCUUGCACCAAGUUGUCCAGCAUGUCCAAAGGAUCAAAAUGGAAAACUGUUUGUCUCCCUGGAUGCAUGCUUCGGUUUGCCAAGAAAGAAGACAUCUGGAAUGAGUUAUCGCGAACCCUUGAGUGAUAACAUGUUCUUCCAUAAUCAAGACAAAGUGGAUGAAUUUGUAUCCUCAUAUCCAGUUGCUUCUGGAAACUCACGUGGUAACAAGGAGUGCAGUGAUUUUCAGGCUGGUUCUGAAAUGGUGUCCAAGGGCAAAUAUUAUGCCCUAGAUGAGACUGCAGUUUGUGGGUUGGGAUGCAAACAUGGAAUUCCGAUGGAUUUCCUAAAUUUAAAGGGCGGAGAAAGACUUGCAUACGGUGUAUACUUACUCAGUUGCUUAACAACGAGAACUGCUAAGAGUGGUGUAACUGUACAUUUCAUGUACGAUAUUUGCUGUCUUCUUGAAAGUCAUCUUAAAAAGCAAAAUAAUAACGAGCUACUGAGUUGUAUAAAGUUAGCUUGCCCUCAAUUUCACGUGUAUGGACACGGUGCAACUUGUCAGCUAAUGUACAGCCCAAGAAGACUUGAUGGAUGGGGUUUGAUUGAUGGAGAAGUUCUUGAGAGACUCUAG